AUGAGGAAUUCCUCCACAGCUCUUGUCCUCCUCAUCUUUGUCUUUCUCUGCUGUUCUGCCGACGCUCUCCCUGCAAGUAUCUGGGACGUUGAUAUUUUGACAAGUCCGGCGCCCCCUCCAGAUCAAGGUCCUCCCCUCUCAGCUGGUGCUUUGAGAGACGAGUCGAAGCUCAAGUACGAAAUUGCUGGCAUCGUUGGAGCCUACUUCUUCUGGGUCUGUGUCACUCUGCUACUUCUGCUGCUUGUUGGGAAGAGACUUCGCCACAAGGUCCAGACCUCGAAUCAGACGUUAAGCAUGGAAAUCGUUAAGCCUGCUCCACUCAGCAGCCAUCCCGGAAUGAGCAUGGAUUCUCCGCUCAAGAGCCCGAGCAAGAUGGGCAGUCUACGAUCAUGGGCUUCCGGUGGUAAAUCUCACAGCCAUAAACCUUCCAAUAUCAGCAUGGCAACAACAAUCGAUGAAAAGAUUGUCGAGGCAGACAAGGUGAAAAGCAUGGAUGAAAUGGCCAAGCUCUAUGCAGCAGUCAUGAUCCAUGACGAGGAGAAGUCUCAAAAGGCGCUGAAUAGUAGCCAGACAUCCCCGAAAACUCCUUCUUUCCCUCUUACACCACGGUCGCCCUAUCCACCUUCUCAAAUGACCUUGCCCCCAACACCCCGAUCACCAUAUUACCAGCCGCAUCUGAGCGGUGGUCCCGCAUCUCCACGAUCUCCACGAUAUCCACCCGAGUUCCAACACCUUCGCAAUCCGCCCUCUGAGGCCAAGGAUCAUGGAGUUCAGCCAGCAGCAAUUACACUUAUCCACCCACUUGCACCUACUCCAGCGGAGGACCCGUCCACCCGCACGUCAUCGCAAACCAGCACUCGUAAAACCAAAGCAUCGCCACUAUCUCUGGCCUCUACUAGAUCUGACUCGGCCACUCAAAACAAACGGCGGCCUAGCCAAAUCUCGGUCCGCGGUCUACCAAUCUCACAACCAAUUGCAUCCGCCAACCUGGCCGACUCGAUGGUCCACCAGGAUAGUGCAAUUGAGUCUCCCCGAAUCUACAAUCCUGGCCCUCCACCGCCCACACCUGGGCAGAAUAGCCUUGUGAGCUCGGUUCAGGACGAAAAACGAAGGCCUUCGGCCCCGUUAUCCGUAACGAGCACUGCUGGGGCAUCCAAUACCUCCUUGCCAUUCCGCCAAUUCUAUGCCGACACAUUGAGGAGCGCACCACCUACCAAGACAACAUUCUUAGAAAAGCGUGAAAGCAUCCUAGGAGUUCAUCCUAAGACAGGUGUGCCGCAGACUCCUUACAGCCCAUAUACUCCAUUCACUCCCAUGACGCCAAUCACGCCGCGUCAUUUGGUCACGAAGGAGGACAGAAGGAGAAACCGUAAGAAGGAAGGCCUGAAAGUGCUUAGUGAAGAUGACAUGGUCAUGAGUGAUGAAGACAUGUGGGGAGAAAUGAAAUGA